AUGAAGACCGUUAAUUGUUAUGUGCUGUUAUUUUGCUGGAAAGCAAUUUGCUGCAAUAGCUGUCAGCUCACCAAUAUUACUAUAGCAGUGGAAAGAGAAGAAUGUGAAUUCUGUAUUACAGUGAAUGCCACGUGGUGCUCAGGAUACUGCUUCACAAGGGAUCCUGUAUAUAAAUAUCCACCAGUAUCAUCCGUUCAGCAAACAUGUACCUUCAAGGAGGUUGUGUAUGAAACAGUGAAGAUCCCUGGCUGUGGUGACCAUCCUGAAUCUUUUUAUUCGUAUCCGGUAGCUACAGAGUGCCACUGUGAGACCUGCGACACCGACAGCACGGACUGCACUGUGAGGGGGCUGGGGCCAUCCUACUGUUCCUUCAGUCAGAAAGGAAGUAACCAGUGAAGGGUACUUGAGAUGGCAGCUUGGCUUUAAAUGUUCACUUCUAAAUAACGGUACUGAUUGGGCUUAAGUGGAAGAUAAUAGGCAAGGCUAUUUAGAAACUGCCAAGAUCAAAACAAAGGGGGUUUAGGCCAAAAUGGAGAGCUACUGACUAAACUUCUCUUCAAGCCUUCUCUGUUUAUCCCAUCAGUUUCCUUAAAAUCAUUUUCAUAGGUCUACAGAACACUGCUUCCAAUUUUGUCUGCCCUUGCCUCCUCUUCUUCUCUAUUACACCUUCAUUCUUUGUAUUCCUGUAUUUCCACUGCCUAGUUCACUUAGCUUAUUCUAUACUAUCUAUGCUUUCAAAAAGUUCCCAAGUUCCAAGUCUUUAUUAUCCCCUGCUUUCCAUCUCUCCUCAGAAUGUACUUAUUUUAAACAGCCUUGCAGCACUGGUUUUCUUACAACCAAGGUUUGUGAUCUCACUUUCUAUUAGUUCAACUGUAAAUCUCU